CGCCGCUCUAUAAAGAGGCGCCCCGCAGGCGGACGGGGACACUUCGGCCCCCAUGGAGGCGCCCGGCUCGGCGUGAGCGAGGGAGGAUCGCCGCCCGCGAGAAGCAGCCAUGGACCUGGACCGGCCACCGCCGAGCGCCCUGCGCUUCCCCGGCUGGAGCGAGUCCUCGCUGCCCUCAGCCCGCGGCCGGGCGGAGCCUCCGGAAAGCGGCUACCCGAGCCUGUGCGGCUACAGCCUGGAGAGCGGCGGAGAGUCCGGCGGGGCCGCCCAGUCCGGCCCGUGGAGCCCCCCGGAGCGGGGCCGAGCGGAGAGGCGGAGGAAGGUGGAGUUCUUCCGCAAGCUGGGCUACUCCUCGCAGGAGGUGCUGGGCGCCCUGCGGAAGCACGGCCCGGAGGCGGACACCAACACCAUCCUCGGGGAGCUGGUGAAGCACGGGGCGGCCCCGGGCGAGAGGGAGAGGGAGCCCGCCCCGGAGGCCUCCGAGGCGGCGCUGCUGCUGCCGCCGCCGCCGCCGCUGCCGCUUUCGAGCAGCCUGCCAGCCCAGCCGGACGAGCAGGAGGGGGACCAUCUGCGGCCGGUUGUGAUCGACGGGAGCAACGUGGCCAUGAGCCACGGAAACAAAGACAGCUUCUCCUGCCGAGGCAUCCAGCUGGCUGUGAACUGGUUUCUGGAUCGUGGACACAAGGAUGUCACAGUCUUCGUCCCGUCUUGGAGGAAAGAGCAUCCACGCUCUGAUGUCGCCAUUACAGACCAGCACAUCCUCCAUGACCUGGAGAAGAAGAACAUCCUCGUGUUCACUCCUUCCCGGCGAGUGGCAGGCAAGCGAGUGGUCUGCUACGAUGACCGCUUCAUUGUGAAGCUGGCCUGGGAGUCAGACGGUAUUGUGGUCUCCAACGAUGUCUACCGGGACCUGCAAGCAGAACGGCCAGAGUGGAAGAAGUUCAUUGAAGAACGCUUGCUGAUGUACUCCUUUGUCAAUGACAAGUUCAUGCCUCCCGAUGACCCCUUGGGACGCCAUGGGCCCAGCCUGGAUAAUUUCCUGAGGAAGACCCCAGCAAUGCCCGAGCACAAGAAGCAGCAGUGCCCCUAUGGCAAGAAGUGCACCUACGGAAUCAAGUGCAAGUUCUACCACCCUGAGCGGCCACACCAGCUGCAGCGCUCUGUUGCCGAUGAGCUCCGGGCCAAUGCCGGGCUCUCCCCCACCAGGGCUGUGCCAGCCACCAAGGAGGAGAGGAGUAGCUGGAGGCCUCCCUACGGGGAGUUCUGGGCCUCUGCCCCUGCGGAGAGUGAGACAGUUCCCCUGCAGAAGGCCUUGGCUGAGAAGACGAGCUCUGCCCACCACGUUAGGCAUGGAGACAUGUCGCCCGUCUUCCUCCCAGCCCGGAAGGGCCACCGUUACAGGAGUUCAGAUCAGUACCAGCAGCCUCCCAGGGACUCCCUUCCCCAUGUCUCCCAAGACCACCUUGACUCGGGCCUCGGCUCCCUUGAGAGCCAGCUCUCUGAGAUGUGGCCCGGUCCUGUCAAGUGGGCCCAGCAGGAGCCGCCUGGGGGCGGGAGCAGCUGCAGGGGGCAGGGGCCUGCCUAUCGCAUCCCUCUCAGCCCAGAAUCCAGGAGGUACAGCCAGUACGUGCCUCAGAGCUUCCUGUCUUCCCCGUCUGGCCAGGUCGCUCCGCACUCCUUUCCUGGCUACGAGGUGGCCACCAGUGCUUCUCUGGGCCCCGGGCGUGAGUACUGGUCUGAGCCGUACCACCCGGGGCCUGCCAUGUGCCAAGACCUGCCGAGGGCUCCCUGCCUGGCCUACGAGGACUCCUCACGCCACUGGGCCACCCCGGACAGCUUUGCAGAAGAGCGUACGAAGGUGCACCUCAAACUUUGUGGGAUCUUCCAUCCUCACCUGGUGGACACCGUCAUGAGCCGCUUCCCACACCUUUUGGACCCUCAGCAGCUGGCUGCCGAGAUCCUCACGUACAAGACACAACACCCUGGGGUGUGACACGGCUGGAGAGGGGACGCCCAACUCUAGGGGUGGGGCCGGGGCAGAACGUCCUUUGCUGC